AUGCGAAACAAUACACCGUUGAAAGAAUUUCAUGUUGCAUUAGUUGGAAUGAGUGGAAGCGGGAAAUCGGCGAUUGCCGUAAAAUAUAUAACAAAGAGAUUUAUUGCAGAAUAUGAUUCAACUUUAGAAGACACAUAUUGUCGUCAGGAAACUAUCGCGGGUCAUUGCGUGAUGGUCUGGAUAAUGGAUACUGUGGAAAAUGCGGCGAGAGAUGAAAUGAGAUGGAUUACCUGGGCAGACAUUUAUGUUGUUAUAUACGAUGUUACAAGUCAAUUAUCUUUUCAAUAUGCCGAAGGUUUACUAGAAAGAAUUUCAAGACAUGAACAUGUGUUGUGUGCUAGAGAACACCGCACGCUGUUGGUUGGAAAUAAAAAUGAUUUGGAGAGAUAUAGACAAGUAUCCGAAGCCGAAGGUGAACGUCUAGCAGUUCAAUAUAAAGCAUGCUUCUCUGAAUGUUCAACCGCAAACGAUAUUCGACAAUUCACUCAGACCCUUCAUACCACAUUCCAGAACAUUAUAACUGGUGCACGAAGCCCAUCUCCACGACAGUGCUCGUCUGAUUCAGAAAUUAUUACUCCAAGAAAGGGUGCAUUUUCUGCAUUACGAUCAUCUUCUCGCUCAUCACAAGUCCGUGCCAAAACCUCAGCAACAAAGAACCCUCAAAGAGGUAUGAGAAAUUUCCCGCAAAAACAGAAGAAUGUAAAUAAGUUGGACGCGCUUCUGAAGUCAACAGCAAAUGGAGCGCAAAAGGAGAAUAAUAUUGACAAGGUUCUGACUACAAAAGUUGAUCGAUUGAUGCGCGCCAAGGUUGAAUUUAUGAAAGAUAAAACCGAUACAGGAGCAGAUUUAAAUGAAUCAUCCAAAUUACAUGUAUUGAUUCCGGAUAUCGAUUCAGAAGUUCGGGCGGCAAUAGCUUUGAAGAAAUUGGGAAUAGUACCGAGAAAUCGAUUAUGCAGAGUAGAGCCUGACACACCCGCGUUUUUUAAAUGCAAAGUAAUAUUUUCGUGA